AUGGAUAUAUCUGCAUCUGCAACUGCAACUGCAACUGCAAGCCCAAAGCCAAGCCAAAGAGGCCAUGUCAAGGUACAGCAAAAGCAAAGCAAACGCAAACGCAAACGCAAAGCAAAGCAAAAGCAAAAGCAAAAGGCAAAAGGUAUCUAUCAGAUAUGCACAGGAAAAUGCAGUACUAGCAAAUCCAUCAGAAGCAAGUUCAUCUCAUCUCAUUUCAUUUCAUACUUAAUAUUCUUUGAUUCCAAGUAA